AUGAGCACAGCAAAUAUCGUCGAGCGGUCAAGCAUCGCUUCGAACCCAGGACAUGCUGACAUCGGUCUGACGCCGGGCGCGACGAACUGGCUAUGGGUCGUCUUCGGGAUCAUGCUCGUGUGCAACUUCGCGUUCGCUGUAUGGGCGUUCACUCGUCCGAUCGGAACGCGCACAUUCCACUACCUCUCGACCCUGGUCAUCACUAUCGCCACAAUCGCAUACUUCUCGCUUGCCUCAAAUCUCGGCGGCACGCCUGUACUCGUUGAGUUCAGAGGUCCUGGCCUGACGCGUGCGGUAUGGUAUGCGCGAUACAUCGAUUGGACUGUUACAACUCCGCUGCUCCUGUUGCAGUUACUCAUGGGAACAGGCCUGCCUCUCAGCGAGAUCGUCGCCGUCAUCUUCUUCGACCUCGUAAUGGUCAUCACCGGUCUUGUCGCGGCGCUUGUCCCCAGUGGUUACAAGUGGGGGUUCUUCGUCUUCAGCUGCAUGAGCUUCUUCUUCAUCUGGGGCAUACUCAUCGGCACUGCGCGUCAAUCUGCAUACCUCAUCUCAAAAGAGGCGGGAAGGGCGUAUACGCGCGGCGCGCUCUUCCUCAUCUUUGUGUGGAUGUUGUAUCCUAUCGCUUGGGGCCUUAGUGAAGGCGGCAAUGUCAUUCACCCAUCGGGAGAGAUGAUCUUCUAUGGCAUCUUGGACAUCCUCGCAAAGCCCGUCUUCUGCGCCUGGCACCUCUACUCCCUCCGCGACGUACCGUACGAAGUCUUUGCGCUCAGCAGCGGCAAGACGUCCACAGCAGCGAACCUCACGCCCCUCCCUCUAUCACCUCUCGUACAUCAAGACAAACCACUCUACACAUCUGCACCUCACUACACAACCGCACCUCACGUCGACAGCGAAGUCGGCGAUCGCACCCCUAACAGCAGCAUCCGUCGCGGUUCGGCUUCAAGCAGAGUUCCAGCACCCAUAUACGAGCCUGAUAUCCUGUAG